CCUGCCUCAGCUUGACUCGAGGACCCUCCUCGGACGCCGCGCAGCACCACGCACCGGCACCUCGCUCGCUCGCGCUCCCAUCCCCACACCACCACCCCACUCCACUCCACCGUCUCACGAGUACCAAACCAUCGAGCACGCGAAAAGGAGGCAAGGCAACCCACCCGAGGAGGAGGAGGAGGAGAGGGGGGAGAGAGAGAAAAAAAACAAGAAGCUUUCGCUAGCUUGCCAGCUAGCUCCCCUCCGGAUUCGAGCUAGAAAGGCCGCCUGAGCAAGCUAGCUCAGAGGAGCGAGAGAGAGAGAGAGAGGGAGGCCGAGGGGGAUCGAGGAGGGGCGGGAUGGGAGGGGUGACGUCGAGCGUGGCGGCGAAGAUGGCCUUCUUCCCGCCGACGCCGCCGUCGUACGCGCUGGUGGAGGACGCCGGGGCCGGGGUCACCACGCUCAGCGGGCAGCCCCACCGGGAGAACGUCGAGGUGCUGCGCCUCCGCACGCGCAGGGGGAACACGCUGGCGGCGAUGUACGUGCGCCACCCGGACGCCGCGACCACCGUGCUCUACUCCCACGGCAACGCCGCCGACCUGGGCCAUCUCUACCAGCUCUUCCUGCACCUCUCCUUCAACCUCCGCGUCAACGUCCUCGGGUAUGACUAUUCAGGAUAUGGGCAAUCAUCAGGAAAGCCGAGUGAGCAAAAUACUUAUGCUGAUAUAGAGGCAGCUUACAAGUGCCUCAUAGAGAACUUUGGUGCCAAGGAAGAAGAAAUAAUUCUUUAUGGACAAUCUGUUGGGAGUGGGCCUACAGUAGAUUUGGCGAGUCGAUUGCCUCGUCUGAGAGCUGUUGUCCUGCAUAGUCCUAUAUUGUCAGGGCUGAGAGUUAUGUAUCCUGUGAAACGUACAUAUUGGUUUGACAUAUACAAGAAUAUUGAUAAAAUCCCUCAAGUUAGCUGUCCUGUGCUCAUUAUACAUGGAACUGCUGAUGAAGUGGUGGAUUGGUCUCAUGGUAAGCAACUAUGGGAACUUUGCAAAGAGAAAUACGAGCCCUUAUGGCUCAGGGGAGGGAAACACUGUGAUUUGGAGCUCUUCCCAGAAUACCUCAGGCACCUCAAGAAAUUUGUCCAUACAGUAGAGAAGUCACCAUCCCAAAGGCAAGCCUGGAGGGAAAGUGUGGAUCGGAUUGAACCAUCACGAAAGAGCAUCGAUUUCUUUGAACCCUCUCGAAAGAGCACAGACCGCAGGGAGAAAUCAAGGUCAACCCGAGACAGAACGAGAAAUACUGAGCACAGAUAUAGCAAUGUCGAGAAGGUGGACAAACUAAAGAUCUCAUUCGAUCAGUUUGAGAAAUCCAGGAGAAGUGUCGACAUCUUUGAGAGGCCAAAGAGGAACAUUGAGCAGCUGGACUGCGGCCGGAAGAGCGUGGACAGAUUGGACAGGAUUUGGGCCAGUUGAAAAAAAGACUUUUUAACAUCUUAUACAGGUUAUACAUGGGGGUUUGUUGUUUUGGGGAUUUUACUUCUGUAUUUAUCUGUGUUCACCCAUGUGCUGGAAAGUGUGGCAUAAGAGUUUGGUUUGCCGACACAAAGAAAGGAGGGAAGAUGAGGUAAUCACUGACGAGGGUUUUCACUGUAGAACUCAUGAUGGUUGUUUAUGUGGUGGAAGACGUGUAUGUUGGUGUUCAACAAAAUUGUUAUUCUGUUAGGGGUGUUAAAACUGAAUGACAUUUGGGACUAGCCAUGGCAGUAUUGUGUAUAAUCUGUUGCAUUGUACCAAUAAUGUUUUCUUCUCUUUCGUUGAAUUGAGCUUACCUAUUCGUAUA